AUGGCUAGCCUCAUACCUUCCGUACUUGAAGUCGUAGCAAGCAUUGACGUUACAGCACCUUCCGUCAAUGAAAAAUCGACAAGUCAAAGCAAUAACGUCGGUUCCAAUGGCUCAACAUCACCAAUUCAAACAUUUUUCUCCAGUUCUUCUUCAGACUUCAUAUUUCCGGCUAAUAUGAGUUUUGACUAUCCCUCAAGUAACGACCCCAUCGUACCUCUCGAUCUAUUUCCAUUUCAUCAAGAAUCACCAUCCCGAUCGGAUAAGAACAUGAUUCUCCCGGACGGUUUUGGAGCAUUCUAUGGAACUGGAAACGAACCGAAUACGGUAGAAUUCAGUGUGAAUAGCAACUCCUCUCAGAACCUGCCUUCCCAGCCUGCAUUCACGGAAUUCCCUAUUGCACGGGACCAUAGCGACAAUCCAUAUGCCCCUAGUAUCAGUAGUUCUAUGAAAUUGGAUAGUACGCAUUACAGAUAUGCGCCGGAGCCUAUGGAAGUCAGCGUGUUUGACAACCCACCUCAAAAUUUGCUGUCGGGAUUCACUCCAAGAAAAGUGAAACAGAGAGGCAAGGCAAAUCUGAGAUUACCUACAUCCUCACAGAAAGGUGUAGCAGCAGAUGUCAUAUUGUGUGUUUGUCAACAACGCUGGGUAGAUGGGAAGCGAGGGCCGGUGGAGACCUAUACAGGGCCACCGAAAACUCCAGGGCGAGGCUACCGUUCUGACCUGGCAAGCAGGUCGGUGGAGCUUUGGAGACAGUCAAUGGCUGCAUCAGACGCCAUUUAG